AUGGUUGACUACAGCGAAUUGCGCAACUCUGAAGACUCUCAAAACACAGAAUCCGGCACAAAUGGUAUCUUUUCGGUGGAUAAGAAUGAUUUGGUCUUAUUAGUAGUAUCUUUGUUGUUGCCUCCUUUUGCAGUAUGGAUUAGAAAAGGUUUCUUCACUAAGGAUUUCUUCCUGAACGUUAUUGCUUAUGUUUGUGUUUUUUUCCCUUCUACCAUUCAUGCCGCUUAUAUCAUCUACGAAACUAGUGUGAUUAGAACUCGUACUGUUACGUUAGAAAGCAGUGGUGCAGGUAACGCCAAGAAGAGCACGAACUCGUUCGAUCAUGAUUUGGAGGCUAGUAAUGUUCCUCCAAGUUAUGAGGAUGGCUUUGAUGUCCGUCCUUUAAACACUCCAAGUGAUAACAAAAUUCAAAUUUAG